AGGCCCCAUAGUUUGCCCGGAAAUACAACCAAUGACCCGGGAAGUUAGCUGCGGAUGCUAGUUAUGCGGCUUGUUUUCUGCCUUUUUUGUUCUUUGUAUUAUAAUCAAAUAGAGUGAACCUGUCUUCUGGUCAGAGAUUCGGCUGCUUUUAACGCAGUCACAAGAAAUAAUUUGCCAUCAUGUUCCUCACCCUCACCCUUCUGCGAAAAGGUAUUCCUGGAAAGCAGUGGAUCGGAAAGUAUCGACGGCCUCGACAGAUUACUUGGCAAAUGAAACGCAACACACUGAAGCAGCUGGAGCGCGAGGCUGAGAACGAGUACUGGAUCAGCCGGCCGUACAUGACCCAGGAACAGGAGCACGGGCAUGCAGCAGAACGCAGAGCCCAGAACUGGCUCAAGAUCAAGGAGGCCAGCUUUGCGAAUUUUCCUGAACACAAACGCAUCACAGAUCACCUGAGUCAUCUGAGAAUCACCAAGAACUGGUCAAGUUAACGUGUGAAGUGACAUGCAAAGACUGUGUUUAUAGUAUAACAAUCUAAAACAGUUAAUUUGUCCAAAGAAGCCCUGUUUUUGUUUAUUAUGGCUUAUUAUUACUGAUUUGCUUGUUGUCAACUGAGAAGCCACCUUGAAGUGUUCCCAAAAGACCGUUCUCACUCUCUCUGUUCGCAGAUGUUUUGGGUUCGGCUGAAAAUGUGACUGGCAUUCUUCCUUUCGAUGUAGCUUUCUUUGGAUAAAAUUCUCUUCAAAAGCCA